AUGGGUGAGUGGGGCUUCAUCGGUGGAUUAUUUAAUGACUUCCAGACCCAUUUACCGAUGCUGGGUCGUUUCUGGCUCGUCCUCGUUUUGGUGUUUAGGAUACUAAUCCUGGGAACUGUGGCCAGUGAAAUGUUUGAGGACGAGCAGGAGGAAUUUACCUGUAACACCCUCCAGCCAGGAUGUAAGCAGGUGUGUUACGAUGAGGCUUUCCCCAUCUCCCAGUACAGAUUUUGGGUGUUUCAUUUGAUCCUCAUCGCUACACCUUCUCUGCUUUACUUCGUGUAUGUAACACAUCAAGAUCACAAGAGGGCCAACAGCUCCUCGUCGAGGAAAAGGAGCAGCAGGAAGAACAGAGAAGGAAAAACUUUCAGGGCGCUCUACAUUAUCACUGUGAUCUUCCGCAUACUGGCAGAAAUCGGCUUCUUAUUUGUCCAGUGGCGUCUCUACGGCUUUGAGGUGAAGGCCCAUUUCCCAUGUAGUCGUUCUCCCUGCCCCCUAACAGUGGAGUGCUUCACUUCCCGGUCUGCAGAGAAAACAAUCUUCCUCCUCUUCUACUUUGCUGUAGGGGUAGUAUCAGCAUUUUCCAGCAUUGUCGAGUUUCUCUACGUCUCUUGUAAGUGGUUUUGCUCAGACCAGGAGGACAGAAUCUACCACUGUGACUGCGAGAAUCUCCGCAACCACAAGCAAGAGGAGACAGAGGAGAAAUCGGGAGGAGAGACGAUGUCAGUGAGCACGGCCAGCAGUGUGAGAAUGAAGAAGGGAUCAGUGAGAAGCAACUCCAGUCGACAGAGCUCCAGCAUCAGUCACAAGUACAAGAAUCCAAGAGGAAAAUAUGUGAGCGCCUCGAGGCUUACAUUGUGA